AUGGACCUAAAGUCAUCAUUAUUUAAGUAUCAUCUCAUCAUAAGAAGAAAGCUCUGUGGCAACUGGUGGCGCAGGUGGCCAGCAUGGACAUGCGCAGCAGCAGCCCUGGUGCCCGCGGCCCGGCAGGUAGAUGAAGUUCCUGAUGGAGCUGUAAAGCCGCCCACAAACAAACUGCCCAUCUUCUUUUUUGGGACUCAUGAGACUGCUUUUUUAGGACCAAAGGAUAUAUUUCCUUACUCAGAAAAUAAGGAAAAGUAUGGUAAACCAAAUAAACGAAAAGGUUUUAAUGAAGGCUUAUGAGAGAUAGACAGCAAUCUGAAAGUGAAAUUUUCAAGCCAACAGGCAUCAACUAAACAGUCAAAUGCAUCAUCUGAUGUUGAAGUUGAAGAAAAAGAAACUAGUGUUUCAAAGGAAGACAGUGAUCAUGAAGAAAAAGCAAGCAGUGAGGAUAUGACUAAAGCAGUUGACAUAACCACUCCAAAUGCUACCAGAAGAGAGAGAAAGAGAAAGGCAGAAAAAGUAGAAACCGAGGAGGGAGGAGUAGUGACAACAGCAACAGCAUCUGUUAAUCUAAAAGUGAGUCCUAAGAGAGGACGACCUGCAGCUACAGCAGUCAAGAUUCGGAAACCAAGAGGCAGACCUCAAAUGGUAAAACAGCCUUGCCCUUCAGAGAGUGACAUGGUUGCUGAAGAAGACAAAAGUAAGAAAAAAGGGCAAGAGGAAGAACAACCUAAAAAGCAGCCUACAAAGGAUGAAGAGGGCCAGAAGGAAGGAGAUAAACCAAGAAAAGAGCCAGACAAAAAAGAGGGCAAGAAAGAAGUUGAAUCAAAAAGGAAAAAUUUAGCUAAAACAGGGGUUACAUCGACCUCUGAUUCUGAAGAAGAGGGAGAUGACCAAGAAGGUAAAAAGAAGAGAAAGGGUGGAAGAAACUUCCAGACUGCUCGUAGGAGGAAUAUGCUGAAAGGCCAGCAUGAGAAGGAAGCUGCAGACCAAAAACACAAGCAAGAGGAACAAAUGGAAACUGAGCAGUAGAAUAAAGGUGAAGGAAAGAAGCCAGAAGUUAAGAAAGUGGAGAAGAAGCGAGAAACAUCAAUGGAUUCUCAACUUCAAAGGAUACAUGCUGAAAUUAAAAAUUCACUCAAAAUUGAUAAUCUUGAUGUGAACAGAUGCAUUGAGGCCUUGGAUGAACUUGCUUCACUUCAGGUCACAAUGCAGCAAGCUCAGAAACACACAGAGAUGAUUACAACCCUGAAAAAAAUACGACGAUUCAAAGUUAGUCAAGUUAUCAUGGAAAAAUCUACAAUGUUGUACAACAAAUUUAAGAACAUGUUUUUGGUUGGUGAAGGAGAUUCUGUCAUCACACAAGUGUUGAAUAAAUCUCUUGCUGAACAAAGACAGCAUGAGGAAGCAAAUAAAACCAAAGAUCAAGGGAAGAAAGGGCCAAACAAAAAGCUAGAAAAGGAACAAACAGGUUCAAAGACUCUAAAUGGAGGUUCUGAUGCUCAAGACAGUAAUCAGCUGCAGCACAAUGGAGACAGCAGUGAGGAAAGCAAAGACAACCAUGAGGCUGGCAGCAACAAAAAGCCAUCCAGUGAAGAGAGAGAGACUGAAGUAUCUCUGAAGGAGUCUACAAUGGAUAACUACGUUGAUACACAGUCCCUGGGUUACAAAGAACAACCGAGAAUAUGCGUUUAUUCAUCAGCACCAGCCUCCCUCACCGGACACCAGGCCAGGGACCAGAGCGUUCACUUUUGUCCCCCACAUCCCCAACACAAUACUGUACGUAGACCCAGGUCGAACACAGCACCUGGGACACAGCAGACAGUCAGCAAACAAAUGAAUGACAAGAGCGGCCGAAACUCCGUCCGGGCACGGAAGAAGAUCCUCCAAUUUGCAGCUUCCAGCCAAGCGAAAAGGAGCUCCUGGCCGCGCCCCUUAGUGACGUCACGCGGGCGGGACUUCCGGCCUCCGAAGUUUAACAGUGCAGGCGGGAGCCGGAAGCGCUGCGCGGAGUGGGCAGCGCCGUGGCCCCCUGUUGUCCCGCGGUCGAGAGGUGAGGUUCAGAGGGCCGGGGUCAGCGGGUCCCGGCCGGUCGCGCCCGAGCAUCUCCUGACCCCUGACUCUGCGCUGCCUCGUUAG